AUGAAUCUCGAAGAAGUUUUAUCAUCAACUGUAAAGAAAUAUUUUGAAUCUGACUCAUUCAAAAUUUUGUUGACUGGAACUAUUAAAGAAUUUAUGGAAACUGUAACCAAACGAAUGGAUAUACUUGAAUUAAGUUUGAGAAACUUGGAAGAUCAAUUGAAACUUCAAGAAGAAUUGAAAUUGGCAGCUGAAAAUCCAACUCCAAUAAUUGAAUUGGAAAUGAAUCUUGGCCUGAAGUUAUUGAAACAGUCAGAUACUUCCGACCCGUUCGUAGUAUCCCCAGUGUCAAUUAUCAGUGGGGUUCAUCCAUUUUUCAAAUGUGCCACCCCAGAAAUUCGUUUGAGAAUGGCAAAGUUGAUCUUGGAGGGAGGGACUGUUGACGCCAUGACUGAAUACUUUAUUGAUCUACUGAGUGUUUUUCGAGCUACCGUAGACUAUUCUGAAAUAGUGAAUUUAGAAGGACCAUCUGAUCCAACAAUACAAUAUUUGUAUAGAGGAGGAAAUCAUGGAUUAACGAAGAACGUUUUCGAUGAUUUUUUAUCAAUGAAAAUGAAAUUUUUGGAAAUUGAAUCUUCUGCUGAAAGUUGCGAGUCGACACUCCUCAACAAUCUUUCAUGUUCUGCUUUGUUCAAUCACUGGUUUCAUAGGUUCGGAACAUUUAAAGGAAAAUUUCACAACUCCCCGGACAGUGAACGAGAUGUUGAGUAUAUGUUAUGGGAUGACUAUAGACAUUUCUAUUCGGAAAAUGAUGAUUUUCAAAUGGUUCAACUUAACAUGAGACGAUGGGUUAAACUGACUAUAUUCGUUCCGAAAACUCGAUUUGGAUUGGCUAAUAUUCUGAAGAAUCUUACAUAUUGUGAACAGUUUUCUUGGUUGAUAAAGAAAAAGAAGCUAGCUUUUGUAGAUAUAUCUGUCCCUAAAAUGAAAAUCAAUACGGAAAUACAACUAAAAGGUCUCAUGACAUCCCUUGGAGCUGAUAAAAAUGUAUACAAAGAAGUCACCGAGACAGUGAUGGAAUCCGAUGAAGAUAUCACAUCUCUCAUACACAGAUCCCAGUUCGAACUCAAUGAAAAAGAAGAUGACGAGGCUGAAUACGAUUAUGGUGUUUUAGAGUGCUACCAACCCUUCAAUCCUAAGUUUAAGUUUUUCGAACAAAAAAUAGAAGUGAAAGCAGAUCACCCAUUUCUAUUCAUGUAUCUUAAGGAUAAUCAUGUACUCUUCUUUGGUUGUUAUCAAUGA